UCAAGGACUGUUUGUUUAAUUUUUCCGCCUGUGUUGUUAAAUGUUAUAAGAUGUUCAGGUGGAGUGAUGCUGCUUUGGAUAUUCUGAAAGGUGUCUCAAAUGCUAUGUGUCUCUAAGGUCAGUGGUGCUCGUCCCAUAUCUGGAGAUGUUGGCCAUCAAACACUGCAACAGUUCAGACGUUGUGGAUGUAGCGUUCAGCAAUCAGACCCACCAGAUGUUUGUGGUGGAACCGCUGCGCUGCAAGGAAAACCUGAACUCCACAACCAGCCCCACGGCGGCGGGCCUGUCCAUGACACUGGGCAUCGUGUCCAACAUCAUAGCUCUGGUCAUCCUGGCUAAAGCGUACGCUCGCCUGCGGAAGCGCUCAAAAGCCACGUUCCUGCUGUUUGCCAGUUGUCUGGUGGCAACGGACCUUGCCGGUCAUGUCAUUCCAGGUGCCCUGGUUCUGCGCCUCUACACUGCCGGGGAAAUUUGUAACCAUCCUGAUGCCACCUGCCAUUUCUUGGGCGGCAGCAUGGUGUUCUUCGGCCUGUGCCCGCUGUUUCUCGGGUGUGGCAUGGCGGCCGAGCGGUGCAUGGGUGUGACGCGGCCUCUCCUGCAUGCCCGCGUGGUUUGCACUGCACGCACUAAGGUGGUGCUGGUGAUGAUAUGGUUUUUGGCUUUAACAGUAGCACUGCUGCCCUUCUUUCGGCUGGGCUCAUAUACCUACCAGUACCCACAGACCUGGUGCUUCAUUAAAGUGUUAGGCAAUAAAUGCAUCGCAGACGAAACACCCCCGACCCUCACAGACGUGGUGUUUGUGCUGCUCUUUUCUGGACUGGGACUGGCCUCGCUGGCCGUGGCACUGGUUUGCAACACUAUCAGCGUGAUGACGCUGGUCAUCGCCCGUCUCCGCAGGAAGAAAUCAGCUAAAGAUCAGCGCAGAUCAGCUAAAUCGCAUGACAUUGAGAUGGUGGCACAGCUGGUGGGCAUUAUGGUCACUUCUUGCAUCUGCUGGAGCCCUCUGCUGAUCUUCGGUCUGAUGUCAGUCAUCCGCUCGUACAGAGGCUCUAUGGGGAACGAUCUGGAAACCUACAGGACUUUAAUGGUAAUGGGAGUGCGCCUGGCCUCCUGGAACCAGAUUCUGGACCCUUGGGUUUAUAUUCUUCUACGCCGGGCCGUCCUCAGAAAGAUCUACCGCUUAACCACCGGCCGCAGUGACCUUAGGGGGAGCACAUUCCGGCGGUGGGAGAUCAGCUCCUUCCAGAACUCAGUGAAGAAUGCAAUUAAUCUGAACUGAUGAAGAGAUUCCAGAAGAGUGUGAGUUCUUCCACAUGGAAAAAAUUGGAAAUGUUUGAACCAAAUCGCUGCAGUAUAACUGAAAGCAGAUGUAAGAUCCUACUGUAUUGCUUGAAUGGUGGAUGAAGGAGCAGCUUACUGGAAGUUGUAAAGCGAGGCUCUGGAAUAACCACAGACACUUCAAUAAGCUUUGUAAUUGAGCACAGUGGGGUUCUGGAAGUCAAAAUCCCAUUAAUUUUCUCCAUAA